AAUCCAUCUGAUGUGAAAAGAGCAUGUGACAACUAUACAUAGCCUUCACAUGCAUAUACUAAGUUGUCUUACAUUUUCCAUAACAAAAUAAGGGGUACUUAACAUGGAAAACGAAGAACCAGAGAAUAAAAAACCAAGAAUCCUGUGUCUCCAUGGCUAUGGAGGCAGUGCUGAAAUCUUUAAGAACGUGAUUUUCCAGUGGCCGGAAUCCGUCACCGGAAAAUUAGAUUUGGUUUUCUUGGAUGGACCUUUUCCCGCUCAGGCAGGGAAAUCUCCCCGUGAAGGUUUUUAUGAUCCUCCUUACUUUGUAUGGUUUCCAUCAAAUAAGGAUUUCACAAGGGAUUGCAGUUUUGAAGAAUGCCUAGACUAUAUAGAAGGUUUUAUGUUAAAGCAUGGACCUUUUGAUGGUGUUCUUGGUUUCUCACAAGGAGCUGUUUUAUGUGCAACAUUUCCAGGCAUGCAAAGGGAAGGAGUGGCCCUAACAAAAGUUCCAAUGAUAAAGUUUCAUAUCAUAAUAAGUGGAGCUAAAUUUGGAGGGCCAACGUUUAGGGCACCACCUUUGGCUGCCAAUGCAUUUUCAUCUCCAAUCACCUGCCCAUCCCUUCACUUCUUAGGUGAAACAGACUACCAAAGAAAAGAUGGUGAAAUUCUAUUGGAGUGUUUUGUGGACCCAUGGGUGAUUCACCAUCCUGGAGGACAUAUCGUACCUAAACUAGAUGAUGGCAACCUUGAAAUAAUGCUUAGGUUUAUUGAAAAAAUUCAACAACUUUGAUCCUGGAAGGAGAAUUCUCUAUUAGUAUGAAUUAAUUUCAAAUAUUUUUAUUUUUGUCUUUGUUGAUUAAGGGCAUAUUGUGAUGGAGUUGUUCUAAACACUAUAAUAAUAAUUAAUUAUGCACGAGUAGAGAUUUCGUGUUCAAACUUGAAAAAAAAGGGACAACAGUCCUACUAAUAAGUGAAUGUAUCUUGAUAAAUUGUCUCA